AUGGUUUAUUCAGAAGGUGCAUCGCCGAAGAAGAAAUGGAAGGAACACUGUUUGGAUGCCAUAGUUCAGCAUAUGCAGGACAUUUCGAUACCUACAAAACAGUUUCCAAAGUUCUUCAAGCAGGAUUUCGGUGGCCUACUAUGUUUAAAGACACUCACGUCUACAUCUCACACUGUUAUUCGUGCCAAUGAAUUGGAAAAAUCAACAGCAUACAAAACUCCUUUAGGGACCACACAGUUCAAUCUUGUUUACGGAAAAGCAUGUCACCUUCCUGUGGAGCUCGAGUACAAAGCACAUUGGGCGAUUAAGGAGAUGAACAUGAAAUUUAAGGCAGUUGGAGAAAGAAGAAUGCUUCAAAUGCACGAGUUAGAAGAAAUCCGCCAUAACGCUUAUGAAAAUUCCAAGAUAUACAAGGAAAAGACGAAGGCGUAUCACGACAAAAGGGUCAUACCUCGGUCUUUUGCUCCAAAUGACAGGGUUCUUCUUUUCAAUUCGCGCCUUAAGCUUUUUCCAGGAAAGCUACGAUCAAGAUGGUCUGGAGCUUUCAGAGUAAAGGAAGUCAAACCAUACGGAGCACUCAUUCUUUGGGGUAAGAAGGGAGAAACAUUUGUAGUUAAUGGACAGCGUGUCAAACCAUACCUCGCAGAAGAAGAAGGAAGAGAAGAAAUGCUCUUGGCAGAUCCACCAGGCUAA